UUGUUGACAUUUCUUGUCUUCAAGCAAGUUUCAAAAAAAUAACCUCAACAAUUUUGUUUGUUUGGACAAUUUAAACUUCUACUUUUAUUUUAAAUUGCACUCUUUAUUCUAAACAAUAAAAUGGUAUCCGUUAAAGUUUCUCAACAGAAACUCGAAAAGAAGAAAGCAAAAAAUGGAAAGAUAAAAAAAGCAAAAACUAUGAAACUAAAAAAAAUAUUACUAAAACCAUCAUCGCCAACACCGAGCGAUAAUAAAGUAAUAGAUAAAUCUACAGAAAUUGUGAAAAAGAAGAAAAAAUCUCACUAUAAAGUGCCAUCUAAAGUAAUAACAAAGGAUCUUGUUAAUUCAUGUUUAAUUGCAUUAGAGCAAUUAACUGCUCAUUAUGACAAAAAGAAUGCAAUUUUUGGUGAUGAAACACCAAUAUUUAUGGAGAUACGUGUCAUUAAAAUUCCUAACACUCGUGCCAACAUGCGAUUUGUUCUUCCUCACUCUACAAUAUCUACAACUGGGGAAGUAUGUCUGGUGACACCGGAUUUAAGGAAGGGCAAGAAGAUUGACCAUGAGCCUACUGUGGAACACUGGGAAGAAAUGUUGAGAAGUGCUGGAGUUACCUCAGUUAAAACUGUGCUACCUAUGAGACAAUUGAGAGUAGAAUAUGACCAGUAUGAACUGAAACGUAGACUGUUAACUCAACAUGAUUUUAUAAUGGUUGACAACAGAGUGUUGAACCAUGUCUCACACGUUUUAGGAAAGAAGUUCUUUAAGAAACAUAACAUGUUAAUACCAGUUAAAAUAAAUGAAAAAAAAUAUUUAAAGGCAAAUAUUGAUACUGGCUUACGCACUGUUAUGUUGCGCGUAAGUGAAGGGCAAACAUCAACUAUUCUUGUGGGGCACACAUCUAUGUCACAGAGCCACAUAAGUGAAAAUAUUUUGGCAUUAGUGCAAAAAUUUAAAGAGAGAUUUCCUGGUGGUGAAGCUAACAUAAGAUCACUGUCAAUAAAAUUGCCAUUAUCAUUGUCGCUGCCAUUGUAUCUUACAUUACGACCAUCAAGCUCAGUCAGAGUACCUAAGAUCAAACAAAUUAGACCAAAGAGCUUUGUCACAUAUGAAGAUGAACUAACAACACAUCUAGAAAGUCUUGUUCAAGUAGCACCAGAUGGAACUGUUCAUUUGAAAAAACUAAAUAAAGGAAAGCCUGAAAAAAGUCACAGUGACCUAGAGAGCAAAGAAGAAACAAGUAAAAAUGAAGACACAUUAUCUACAGAUGAUGAAAAUUGAAACAACUUAUUCAGAAAUCAUGUUCAUUUAUUUUCACAUUAAUUAAAUAUUAUGACAUGUCUGUUGCUUAUUUGAAUAAUCAAAAUAAAUCAUAAUACACAAUAAAA